GUAGAAACCAACAACCGGACUAACGGCUGGUUCCUCCUCCUCGUCCUCCUGCCCGCCCCCCGGCUCCGCUCCCGGCCUCACCGACGACACCCGUGCCGCGGAGGAGACCCCGGAUGGGACUACAUGUGUGCUUCUCAGCUUCACGCUGAGAGCUGCCGGUUCCUGUUCCUGGAGCUGCCCGUCCCUGUAGACGACUACGCUGACCGUCACCGACAGAUGUCCACCCGGCGGCGAGCUGAGGAGGAAGCUGCUCUGACUAAAGAUUUAUGUUGGGUAACGGGGUGAAGCGGAAACUGGAAGAGGAUGAGGAUGCUUUGGAGGAAGACCGGCGUCCGGUGGCAGUCGGUGGUGUUUCACAGGCGUCCUACAUCCUGCAACGUCAGGUCGUCCUCAACAUGUCCCUCAUGAAGCUGUACGGUCCCCGGCCAGGCGCCGACCUCGGCCUGCAGCGCCGAGUCCUCAUCAGCAACAUCAUCCGCCGCAUGGAUGAUGACUUCCGGCAGGAAGGAGGCGUCGGCGCUCUCUUCUUCUCUGCCGCUCCGGCCGUCGUCGACCGACAGCCUCCGCCUCCUCCCUCCUCCUUCGGCAUCCUCUCAUCAUCGCUGUCGGCGCUGGACUCCUGCCUGACUCCCGCCUCGCUCCUGGAGGAGGACCCGCCCCUGUUCUUCACCCUGCCGCCCUCCUCCUCCCCGAGGCCGCCGUCACCCGGAGACGGCUUCUCUUCAGCCCUGGAGGAGAUCGAGGAGCUGUGUCCCUCCUCCUCCACCCCCCCCUCACCACCUGCUGCUCGGCACCCGUUGGAUGUCGUCAUGAAGGAGGAGGGUCGGGGUUUUCAGGAGGCGGGGAGCAGGUUUGAGAAACCCUCUCCACCUCCUCUUCCUCCCCCGCCGUCCUCCCCGGGCUCCUUCCUGGCCGACUUCGCCCUGGACGACGUCCUCUUCGCAGACAUCGACGCGUCCGACCCGGGCCCCUGCCCGCCCCGGCCGGGAGUGCCGCCUUCCAAGAUGGCCCCGGUGAUGCCCGACGACCUCGUCCGGUCGAUGUCCGGGUACAGCCCAGCGGGGGCCGGGGCGCAGAGCCAGCCUUUUAAAAUGGACCUGGCUGAGCUGGACCACAUCAUGGAGGUGCUGGUGGGCAGCUGAGAUCCCGAGACCGGGGGACUCUUUAAAACCUCUGCUCUUCUUCUGGGGGAUUCGUGUCGCUGUAGAGGGCGCAGUUGUUCCAGAAGUUUCAGAGAAGGAGAAAUAUUGAUCAGCCUAUGGAGUCUUUUCAGAAGGAGGAGGGGCGGAGCGGGAAACACCGUGUGAAGGCCCGGUCACACAGAAAAUCCUCCGUGGUUACUCCUGCCGACGGCUGAGUAACCACAUAUAUUCUUCUAACCUCUGUUAGGCGGUUAGUGACGUCUGAGUAACCGAGUAAUUCUAGCCAGCGUGCCGGCACCAGUCGGUCACAACGGCUCUCAGAGUUUCUUCUGACAUUGAAGAGCCGCUGAAGCGCUCUGAGCUAACGAGCUCGGCGUCUUUGACCCAUGGACUCCGGUCCCCGACUCCGACAGACACCGACAGAGCAACGUCGACAAAACCGGAUGGAGAAGCGCAGAUAAUAAGCUACGACAUCUUCCUCCAUGUUGGACUCAUGUUGGUCAGUGGUGUGAUUUCACGUCGAAACUCACCAAAGCUGAACUUGACACAGAUCAGUUGUGUGGAUGUGCUUUGUUCUUGCGGGCGAACCCGCUGAAAUUCACGGAUCUCAUGGCCAAAUUUAACGGUUUUAAACGCUGGAGUGAUCAGGCCUUUGGAGCGUGAGGCGCUGGGGACUUCCACUUACUCACAUUUGUUCAUGGUAUUUAGCUCACAGAGAUUUAAAGUUGAAAAACUACACGCAGCAUCUUUAAUGACUGAGCUACAGUACUGGAUGAGACCGGGUCAUUUAGACUGACUGAAGUCCAGCUUCAGUAACCCCAGAGUGAAGAGGUGCUGUUUUCUAGCGCUGUCCAAGAAUCAGAAGAAACAAAACCUCCAGAGACUUUUCUACGUUCUAGUGCCUUUCCAAGCCUCUGUCACAUGGUCACACAUCAAUAUGAACGCUGAAGGAGUUUUCUUACAAAAUGCUUUAAAUCUUUUUUAAUUACCUGCAUUUCAUCAUGUAUCCAGCCUCCAGAAUGGAUUUUAUUCUGUCAACAAAGAAUGUGAAAGUCCGUGCAGUUCAGUACAGUGCAGUUUUAUUUAUAUGGCAGCCAAAUCAUAGCAGAGGUCAUCUCAGGGCACUUUUCACAUAGGGCGGGUCUAGACCGGACUCGGACUAGUUUCUAUUAACAGAGACCCAACAUUCCCAUGUAAAUGUCGUGUAUUUCUCUUAUUGUCACCAAAGUCCAUGAAAAGUGCAAGACUUUCUACGUGGAUAGACGUGCACUACUUUUCAGUUUUGUUCUUUUCAUUGGAUGAUAAGAAAAAUCUAAAAUCACCAGACUUUAAGUUUCUUGUUUCCAACUUUCAUUUAGCCGAUUUCUCUCUGGAGAAAUCAAAGUAACAAGAUUCAAUCGUGCUCGUCUUGUUUGUUGGUGACAGUAUCAGUCACACGUGGACUUGGUUGGUGCUCAGUCACGGGAAAAAAACAAAAAAAACAACCUGUAUCUUCUGGAGCUCAAAGGAGCGAAAAUCUUGUUGAGCUAAACCGUAAAACGAGCUGGAAUCAGCUAACUGGCAAUCAAAUGUGGAAGAGGGAACUCAAGUACAAAUAUGAAUAAAAUUAAAAGUGGUAAUUAAUCUAAUCUAAUAACUACGAUUAUGGCGUUUGUCAGUUGACAGGUUGGAAUUUU